AGAGCGGGUGGACCCGACCCGGACGGCACGGAGACACUUUCAGUUUCUUCUUCUUCUUCUCAAAAUCAAAUUUUUAUUUUCAAUGUUAUGUCUGAAACGGCUUCUUCGUCUCCUCCCACCAUUUCUCACUUUCUUCUUCUUCUUCUUCUUCUUCAUCCAUCUCGUCUCCGUCUGAUUCGGCUUGUGACUUCUUUCAACCGUCUUUCUCCCUCUUCUUCUUCGUCUUCUUCAACGGUUUGGGAUUCAUGAGUUGAGUCACAAGGAAAAAAGCAUGUUAAACUGUGCCCAAAAAGCAGUGAAAUCACAAGUUAUCAGUGGCCAACGAGAGAAGUUUGUAAGGUUGGAUAGUAUGGAUUCUAGGUACUCCCAGACUUCUGAUGCAGGUCUAAACAGAUGCACACUCAAUCUACAAGGACCAACACGUGGUGCUUCUCAGGGCAACAAUGCAUCUUCUGGUUCUUUCAAGAAAGGGUUUAGGAGAGGUUCUAAAGGUCUUUGGUCUCUAGGAAGAUCAAUUGGUUUGGGGGUUUCGAGGGCGGUUUUUCCAGAAGAUCUUAAAGUUUCAGAGAAGAAGUUUUUUGAUCCACAGGACAAGUUUCUUUUGCUCUGCAACAAGCUCUUUGUUACUUCUUGCAUUCUCGCUGUGUCUGUGGAUCCUCUCUUCUUGUAUCUUCCAUUCGUUAAGGAUAAUGACAAAUGUAUUGGUAUAGACCGGAGAUUGGCUAUCAUAGCUACUACGCUGCGGACAGUUAUCGAUGUGUUUUAUCUUUUUCACAUGGCUCUUCGGUUUAGAACAGCUUUUGUCGCCCCUUCUUCCCGUGUAUUUGGGCGUGGCGAGCUUGUGAUCGACCCUGCACAGAUAGCUAAACGGUAUUUGCAGCAGUACUUCAUAAUUGACUUUCUCUCUGUGCUUCCACUUCCACAGAUUGUAGUUUGGAGAUUUCUUUACACCUCUAAAGGUGCAAGUGUGCUGGCAACAAAGCGGGCGUUGCGAUCUAUCAUAUUACUUCAAUACAUUCCGAGAUUCAUUCGGUUGUAUCCUUUGAGCUCAGAGUUAAAGAGAACAGCUGGUGUUUUUGCUGAAACUGCUUGGGCUGGUGCAGCUUAUUAUUUACUACUCUACAUGCUCGCAAGUCAUAUUGUUGGGGCUUUAUGGUACUUAUUGGCCUUAGAACGCUAUAAUGGAUGCUGGAGCAAGGUUUGCAGUAUUAGUGAGAACAACUGUACCAGAAACUUCUUGUUUUGUGGUAAUGAAAAGAUGGAUGGUUAUGCAGCUUGGAGUACCAUCAAAGACUCUGUUCUUCAAAUAAAUUGUCCAGUUAAUACAACUGAUGGUGAUAAUCCUCCUUUCGAUUUUGGAAUCUACUUAAGAGCCCUGUCCUCUGGCAUUGUCUCAUCUAAGAGCUUUGUCUCCAAGUACUUCUUCUGUUUAUGGUGGGGACUUCAGAAUCUCAGCACUCUUGGUCAAGGGCUUGAAACCAGUACAUACCCUGGAGAGGUUAUCUUCUCCAUAGCACUUGCCAUUGCUGGCCUUCUUCUCUUUGCUCUUCUCAUCGGAAACAUGCAGACUUAUCUUCAAUCUCUUACAAUCCGACUUGAAGAAAUGAGAGUGAAAAGACGUGAUUCAGAACAGUGGAUGCAUCAUCGAAUGCUUCCACCGGAACUGCGGGAACGGGUCAGGCGAUAUGACCAGUACAAAUGGUUGGAGACACGCGGAGUAGAUGAAGAGAAUUUGGUUCAGAACCUCCCAAAAGACCUGAGAAGAGAUAUCAAACGCCAUCUCUGUCUGGCUUUGGUUAGGAGGGUUCCACUGUUUGAGAAUAUGGAUGAGAGGCUGCUUGAUGCAAUCUGUGAGCGGUUGAAGCCAUGUCUUUACACAGAGAACUCUUAUAUGGUUCGGGAAGGAGACCCGGUCAACGAGAUGCUCUUCAUUAUCCGUGGUCGGCUUGAGAGUGUUACCACAGAUGGUGGGAGAAGCGGUUUCUUCAACCGCAGUUUGCUUAAAGAAGGAGAUUUCUGUGGGGAAGAGCUUUUGACAUGGGCACUUGAUCCCAAAUCCGGUUCCAACCUACCGUCCUCUACUAGAACCGCAAAGGCACUAACUGAAGUAGAGGCUUUUGCUUUGAUAGCCGAUGAGCUCAAAUUUGUUGCCAGCCAGUUUAGGAGACUACAUAGCAGGCAAGUUCAGCACACAUUCAGAUUCUACUCACAACAAUGGAGGACUUGGGCUGCUAUUUUCAUACAAGCAGCGUGGCGACGAUACGUGAAGAAGAAGAAACUUGAGCAACUCAGGAAAGAAGAAGAAGAAGAAGAAGGAGAAGGAUCGGUUACUAGCAUCAGGGCAACGUUCCUGGCGUCAAAGUUUGCUGCAAAUGCACUUCGUAAAGUUCACAAGAACCGCAUUGAAGCUAAGUCUACAAAAGAACUUGUGAAAUAUCAGAAGCCUUCAGAGCCUGAUUUCUCAGCUGAUGAUCCUUCUUGACCAUAUUUACAAAAAAAAAAAAAAACACUAAUGUCUAUGAACGCGUUUAACUUGUAUAACUCAGAUUGAAUUUUAUUGUUUGAUUUGUGCUACAACAUUAAGAUUUAAGAAGAUAAAGAAAAAGGUGGUAAUAUAAAUGACAGUGAUUGUUUUA